CUCUCUCUCUCUCUCUCUCUGUUCUUCCCAAGAGGCUUUCGGGAAACAGGAAGACCCGGAGGAGGAGGAACGCCUUUGUAAACGCCAACGAUGGCUCGCAAUGAGGAGAAACAGCUGGGGAGACUAAACCGGCUGUGGCUGCAGAGAGAGAAGGAGGAGGGCCGUAUAAGAGAGAUCCAUCAAAAUCGACCAAAGCUGUCUUCAUUGAAUUCGGCCUUUGAUGUGAAAAAAUGGAUUCCAAGUAUCAAGUCUGAAAUUGAGUAUUACCUGCAGCAAUCACAGUUAUCCCAUUACUCAGAACGGAAAAUCGGGGAAUUCCAGGAUCACAUUGAAGAGCUUCAGAAAGAGUAUUGGUGUUUCUUGUGGAAACUCCGUUCUUUAGAUCCUUCCCACAAAGAGCAUCCUUGGAAACCUCGUGCUUACACACGCAAAAGAACACCCGAUAUCAACCAACAAGCUUCUUUGCAGAGUUUGAAACGACCAUGCAUACCUCAAUUAAAUGAAGCAGAAGUUGUGUCUCAGAAAUAUGACAUUGAAGAUUCUGAUGAAGGAAGUAAAAGGAGCCACCUCAGCCCACAUAUUUCAGAUGGCAUUAUCUAUGACUGUUCUGUAGUUAACCCUGAUUUUCAGGACCAACCUCUGACUUUUAACUCUGAUCGGCUUCCACCAAGAUUUUCAAUGCACUUAACUUCCAAAAUCUCAUUGGGAGAACCGUCACACCACAUGACUGAAAUUCUUUUGUCUCAGCUACCAAAUUUACAAGCCUCCUCUUCCCAUGGUUCCAUAAAAGAGUUGGACAAAGAGGAAGAACAAAUACAAACAAUAGAGAUCAGGGAAAACUCCUCAGUGUCUAUCUCACAGACAAAAACCUCGAGGAUUCUGGGAUUAUCUUGCUAUUCUUCAGAUGAAGAUUUAUAAGUGCUAAAUGCAAAUUGAUGUUGGUAGCUUUAAAUGUUUAGUAUUUUAUAAUAAGUACUUGUUGCUAAAUGUAUAUAGUUUAUUUGUAAUGUUUGCUUUGUGAAUACAGAGCUCUUGUAAAUAACGGAAUUACUUUCAUUCUGAAAGUUAAUAUUGAUUCCAUCAGUAUAUAUUGACAUUGUAACAAAUAAUUAUUUCUAAAUGAUGCAUUAAUUUAAAUAUGUUGGCAGUUAAUGUUAGGUAAAAGUAGUUCUGGAUAUAAUUUCAGUUUCUCAUCAACUGAACUAGUGGCAAGUAAUGUUGAAAUUUCAUCAUUAACCCUAUGAAAUUCACACCGUUAUAUCUGGAUCAUGCUUGAAGUGAAGAUUUGUUAUUUACACAACUGAGAAUUAAAGAAAUGUCGUUACCCUCGU